AUGGUUUCGGAGUUGAUCAAUGCUAAUCCCACUGUAUAUGAGAAAAAGGAGCGCCGAGCUCGUAACCCACCUGAUGAUGUGGACGAGUAUGCAGUGGAACCCAUUGACCAGCAAGAAAUUUUUGAUAUCCUUUCAGCAGACAUAAAAGAUCCAGAGCAUCCAUAUUCUUUGGAGGAGCUGAAAGUUAUUACAGAAGAUGCAAUUGAGGUGGAUGACAAAAGUAGCUACGUAAGGAUAACAUUCACUCCAACAGUUGAACAUUGCAGUAUGGCAACAGUGAUUGGCCUCUGCUUGCGAGUGAAACUUAUGCGCAGCCUGCCUUCCCGUUAUAAGGUAUGCGUCUGUUAUUAUCUGGUCAACCAGGUGGAUAUUAGGGUAGCCCCUGGGACUCAUGCAACUGAAGCUGCAGUGAAUAAACAGUUGAAUGAUAAAGAACGAGUGGCAGCAGCGUUGGAAAAUCCUAACCUGGUAGACAUGCUUGACGAAUGCCUGGCUCCAUCUUAUGAAUGA